AUGGCGACCAAGUCUUUGAAAUGUGUCGUGACUGGUGAUGGCGCUGUGGGGAAAACGUGUCUGCUCAUCUCUUACACGACAAAUGCUUUUCCUGGCGAAUACAUACCUACGGUAUUCGACAACUACAGUGCAUCAGUCAUGGUAGACGGCAAGCCCAUAUCGCUAGGGCUAUGGGAUACUGCUGGACAGGAAGAUUACGAUCGUCUCAGGCCUCUAUCCUAUCCACAGACCGAUGUGUUCCUGAUAUGUUUCAGCAUUGUCAGUCCACCUAGUUUCGACAACGUCAGGGCGAAGUGGUAUCCUGAAAUCGCACAUCAUGCACCCGAUGUACCGAUCAUUCUUGUCGGAACAAAGCUGGAUCUGAGGGAAGACCGUGGCACAGCCGAGGCGUUACGUGCCAAAAAGAUGGAACCUGUAUCAUAUGAGCAAGCACUUGCAGUAGCAAAGGAGAUCCGGGCAGUCAAAUACUUGGAAUGCUCAGCCCUCACGCAGAGGAAUCUGAAGAGUGUGUUUGAUGAGGCUAUCAGGUACGAGAAGACAACUUGA